GAACACAAAAGAGAGAUUACAGCAAAGGCGCCGCCAAAGAUCUUAAAGCAAUGUUUCAGUGACAGUGCGUACAACAGAAAAAAGUGCUGGGGACGCGGCUCAAGGGUUUUCUUUUUGCAGUUUUCUACCGGAAGCCAAGCCCGAAAAAAAAGGAAAAGAAAUAAAAAAAAAAAAAGAAGGAUUAAAGAAGGUCGGUCGAGGGCUAGGAUUUGAAGAGCCAUUCGAUCGGCCUCGACAGGCUAACUUUAUCUCUCUCCACACGCCGGUAAUCGAAAAUGUCCCCACGUCGGGGCCUCGGGAAAAGGGACGGAUCGCUGCAUCGUGAUUUGCCAGACGAAUCAUCAGGACGGUAGAUUUGACCGAUGGAAUGGUGACGGCCACAUAAAUGAAAGCAUCCCUUCUGUGGACGUGAAGGUGGAUUUCCAGUUUCAUUAUGUGAGCUUGUGGCUUUUUUCUUUUUUUUUGGUUGUUGUUGUUUUUGGUUUUUUUUUUUUUGUUCCUUAUCCCCCACCUGAAGACGACUCACGUUAAGGCUCCAAACUUGCAGUAUUUUUGGGUGAGUAGAAGCCACCCCGUCCGCUUCGCUCUGUGUUCAAAUGAUCGGGCAGUCCAAGUGCGGCCACACCCUCUUCUGCUUCCUGAUACGAGAGAUGCAGCGAGGAGGGAGACGACGACUUUGUACAGAGAGCUGCCGCUGACUCCCCCCACUCCCCUUUGCCACUACCGCCACCAACACCUCCUCCUCCUACUCUUACUCCUCUUCAUUUCGAACCACUCGGCUCGUGAAAAGUGCCGUGAUUGUUUUCAGCAAAGCGAAGGAACGGCGAUCACGAGGCCCCGGCAAGAAAGAAACCGAAGAAAGUUUGGCAGCAGCCGAGAGAGAGAGAGAGAGAGAGAGGGGGACUGGCUGGAGGACACACCUCGCCGACGCACGCGCGCGACAAAGGAGCCUUUACUUUUAUUGGAGAUAAUGCACAUCAAAACUGAAAGCUGCCCCCGCUACCGGACGAGGAAAGGAUUGGGCGCAGAGUUUUGCUAACGAGGAUAAUUCGGAGGAAGAGACGACAUGCAUAUGGGAUUGUACCUGCAGGAAGAUCGAGGUCGCAGGACGGAAUUCUGCCUGAAAAAGAAGCGAUUAAAAGGCCAGAGUGACACCCGCUGCUCCUCCGCAUCCGCCGGCCCGCUGCUCUAGUUGCUGGGCUUCAACAUCCAACUUUCGUUUCUUUUGCUUGACUUCAUUUUGUUGUCCAAAGCGACGGCCACCCAACCUCCAAAUUUCACUCCCCCUUUUCUUUCGGAAGAUUUAAUGGGAUGAUGUUGCCGGAGAAGCUCGGCGAUCGCGGCGAGGUCAGUAGGAACUGCAGCAGUGGUGGUCGUCGUUGUUUUACGAGAGGCGCGCCGGUGCCUGCCCGGCAUUUUAGGGUGGUCAAACUGAGCUCCAUACGAUCGUACUUGCGUUUCGCCCAACUGAAAGCUCCUGCUGCCUUUUCGCUAGCAGGUAUUGUCGAUUCCAACUUGCCUGGCACGGAAUAAUAGAAAGUUUCAGAGAAUUUAGUUUUAUAGUUUUUUUUUUGUUUACUUUAAAUGUGUACAUUUGAUCUGCACUUUGAACACAGUUGGCAACUGGCACUGUAAAAUAUCUUAAUACUUUUAAGGAUCUUUAACAUUUUGUUUUAUCAAGUGGAGCUGACAUUUGCAAAACUAUUGAUAAUAUUUGUGUGUGUGUGUGUGUGUUUUAGCAAUAUUAACAUUUUUUUGUUUAGUAGAUUUCAUUUAUAAUAGGAAGGAGGCACUAGAAAUUGAAUGUGAAGGCAGCCUAGGUGUGUUUUGUUCAAUUCCAUACUAGAAACACUCCAUUUAUCCUUUGCUUGCCAAUUUCAGGGUUAGAGUGAGCUGAAUCGCACCACUGGCUGAAACUUUAUUUGAUUUUAUUUAAGGGGUCGAGACAUAUAUUACUAAACUUAAGAACAACUGUCCACAAGUUCAAAUUUUCUUAGUUUUGAGGGGAGUUUUAGCAUUGCACUUUUCUUAGAAGAAGAAGAAGAAGAAAAAAACAAAAAUCCGCCAGCAGUUACAGUAACAUGAGUUGCCCCUCAUUUUCGUUGGGAUUUCCAAGGACGGGGGAUCAAUGGGUGUGGGGGGCGCUUAUGUCGAGUAGACUAGUAAGGAAGGAUUAUUUGAAGUCACAGAGCUGAAACGCGUUAGGGGGGGCACAGAUAUGGCAGGUGUGCCAACUUAGCGUUGUCAUUUGUCUCUUUUUUUUUUUUUUUUUGCCACCCCUCGUUUUGCUUGCUCAGAAGCAGUUGAUCGUUUUAUUUAUUUUUUGGUUUUAUUUUUUUUUCUGUGGAAAUCAUUGUUUUAAGUUCCACCCCUAACUGCAUGGUGUCUGCGAUUUAAACCGUUUCCAAUAUCCACACAGAUUGACCACCCUACUAUGGCUAGUAGUGGCUCGGGCAAGUCGACAAGUGAGGGUUCUUCUAGCCAACUAAGCAGCAGCUCCUGUCUGCAGAGGAAAAAACUCUCCUUUGCCUGUGAUAUCUGCAAAAGCAAAAUGCAGCUGGUCGCGGAUCUACUGCUUCUGUCCAGCGAGACGAGACCCGUCAUCAGUAGCGAGGGUCUUUCUGUUGGGGAAACCUUUGAGAAAUGCAGGGAUACCAUCAUCGCCAGGACUAAAGAGCUCUCGAUCCUCACCCACGAUAUUCAGAGCCACCUCAAUAUGGGCAAGUUCAGUGAAGUGGGGGAAAGGCUGAUGGAAAUGGGGGACCUGGUGGUCUCGCUGACUGAGUGCUCGGCGCACGCCGCCUACCUGGCAGCCGUUGAGGCCCCGGGUUCCCAGGCGGCACUUCCCGGCUUGGUGGACCGUUACAAAGUGACCCGGUGCAGACACGAAGUGGAGCAAAGCUGUGGCACGCUGAGAACGAUGGCACUGGGCGACCUGACGCCUCAACUCUUGCUGGAGGUGUCCCAGAACAUGUCCAGAAACCUAAAGACGUUGACGGACGUCUGUGCCGUGGCCAGUGAGAAAUCCAAGGACAAGUUUGCCAAGGAGCAGUUCAAAGUGAGCGUGAAGUUGAUGAGCACGAGUGCCUCGGCCCUCCUGGCAUGCGUCAGGGAAGUGAAAACAUCUCCUAGCGAACUGACACGGAACAGGUGCGUCUUAUUCGGCGGACCCUUGGUGCAAUCCGUACACGCCUUGGUGGGCUUUGCUACUGAGCCCCAGUUUUUGGGCAAAGCUGCCGCUAUCAGUCCGGAAGGGAAGGCAGUACAGACUGCGAUUCUAGGGGGCGCAAUGAGCGUGGUCUCGGCUUGCGUGCUCCUGACUCAGGGCCUCAGGGAUAUUGCCCAGCACCCAGAAAACAGCACCAAGAUGUCCGAUUACCGAGAGCGCCUACGGAACUCUGCUUGCGCCGUCUCCGAUGGAUGCAACUUGUUGUCUCAGGCUCUAAGGGAAAGAUCUUCACCCAGGACUUUACCGCCAGUUAAUUCCCAUUCUGUGAAUUAAAAACAAAACAAAAAAAUUAAUAAUAAUAAUAAUAAUAACAACAAAUCUAACCUGUUAUAACAAUUUUAUAUACCAAAGAGUUUUAUUUGGAUUAACCAUUCUCAGUUCAGACCAUAAAUGCAAAGAAAAAUGGCUAAUGGUUCACAGUAGCUUCUUUUGAGCCUUUAAUGCACAAAAUGAAAGGCAUCCCCAUUCACACACACACACACACACUCUGCAAAAGUAUAGUAAUGAUCAUAAAAAUAAAAAUAGUAAUUAAAAAAAAGCAGAACCACGCUGGAAGUGGUUUAAUACUUUUAGGUUCCACAUAUCGCUAGUAACCAUUAGCCAGAUCUGUACAAGCAUUCAUAUAUACAGAUAGAUAUAUAUAUAUACAUAUAUAAAUAAAUAUAUACAUAGUAUCUAUAUAUUUAUAUAGAUUCAUGUAUUUAUAUGAAAAUGUAAAAAAAAAGGUUACCUCAGUUUUCAAAAUUUGAAAACAACAUACGAAACGAUGGAUGUAGCUACAUGUCUUUGACCUUUUUGAAACCACGUGUUUGAUAGAAGUGAAUCGGUUGUGCAAAAUGAGGAGCGUGACAGUUGUGUUUGUUUUCCAUGUGUGAAUCUGAAAGGCUAGAAGCUGCUGUGAGGGUCCUUUAGAGAUCUUACACUAUUCACCGGACUUAAUUGUCUUUUUUUUAUGUGUUUUUGAUCAUGCAUGUACUGGAGUAUUUAUUUCAACCAUUAAAAUGUUGUUUCUAUA